CCUAUAGUAACCAUCUUUUAGAAGUGGCGUCCCUAGCAACCGUUCUUUUUACCUUGUAUACAGAUUUACAUAUGGACAUUUAUAUAGACACUUCGUUCGUUUGAUCCACGUAGCACACUCUUUGAGUUUUAUUAAGUAAAAGUAUAUAUGGUAAAUGAAGUGGAGGUUUUCCGGGUUGAACUGCGAUACAGGCAGCAAACGCGAGCGAACCAAAGAUGGCGGAGAAGCGGCGAUCAGGUGUGUCAAUGGCCGAGCCGAAGAUCGCCAAAGCGGACAGCGAGGAGGAAUUUCUGUCCCAAUUAGGGGUGGCUGCGCUGCUCAGGGGGUCUCUUCUUAAACUGGUGGAAGCCAGACCCGAAGAUCCGAUAGGAUUUUUAGCCGAUCAUUUCGCUAAUUUAGCAUCGGGAAGCGAGGCUGCGGACUGCGGCGACGCAGAGCCGAGCAGGACGGUGCAGGACCGGCUGAGCCAGGCGCUGUGGAACCUCAACCUUGCGCAUCAUUCCCAGAGAUCUGCUUUUAACAACAACGUGCGGGUCGCCUACGAGCUGCUCAUGACCGGAGGACAACAUCUCUGCCCGGGUGGAGGAGUGCGGGGCCGCAUCUACACCGAGCUCCUGCGCUCUCUCUGCACUGAAGCCGGCCUUUCCAGCUCCACCAGUGCGCCUCUGCUGCGCCGGAUCCAGUGCCAGGACCACGAGGCCGUCCCCUUCGAGCUGUUCCGGCAGGGCGUGCUGAUUUGCACCGUGUUUGCAGACUACGUGCGUAAAUCUCAGUCCCUGUACCUGGCAGUCUGUGGCGGUUCCGAGGUGCCGGCCCAGCGGGCUCUCUGUCAGGCUGCCCUCGGUGCCCUGCGGGACGCACUGGACACUACGCAGUGCGCCGAUACUGCACGCUACCUGGAAGCCAGUGCCAAAAUCGCGCCUUGUACCUUAGCCCAGGCGAUGGUGUCGGCACAGAGUUCCUACGAGGCCCAGGCCGGCGCCAGCAUGGACCCAGAGGAGUUUGAGAAAGAGGCAGUAGCUCUGUUCACAGCCCGCAUCCAGCCUGUGUCCUGAAACAAUCUGACCAUUUCUUAGAAUCUUCUUAUUAAACACGGCUCAACAAAAUGUCGUUGGCACUGGGUAAAAAUGAAUAGGUGCGGUCAGUGAGGCCGUGUAAAUCUUCCACGGGGUUGCCAACUCCUGCAUCUGGCGUGACACUCUCACUUUGAGACUCUCACGCUCACACAAGAAAUCGUAUAGCAAAUUUAUAUUAUUCCAUUAUGAACCUGAGCAUUGGGGUAGUUUGCAAUCCAUACAGACUACAAGAUAAUAAACCUGUUACAUACAUGUAAAUAUGUGUGCGUGUGUGUGCGGUUUGGUCUCGAGCCAGCUGACGAAAGAUGGCAACCCUGCUUCUGUGGGUCGCUGUUUAUGAAGUUUUGCAUUAUAUACUUUGAGUUCCAGGACUGCGAUUAGGGUGGUGAGACUUUGUGGGUAGCAGCCAUCCGCACACACUUCCAGGGCUGGGGAUUCAAACCCAUGACCCGCUGGCGGUUCCAGGUUGUUGUCAUUCCAUCUCUGUGCUUUCUGGGCUAGGCGACAGGCUGCUUGUAUUCAAAAGUGUUUCUAGGGUAGAUGGAUGGACAUCCUGCUAACCCUUUCCCCAGCAGAUUAUUUUAAUAAGUAAAUAAUAUUAGAACAUCAUAGUAUCAUGAUCUGACAUUUAUGUAAAAGCACAUUUAGGUAGUAAAGUAUGUUAAGUAUGAAAGUUUUAUGCAAUAUGUGUAUGUGUAUAACUUUCAUGUUUAGCAAGGUGAGGGAGCAAAAUCUAAUCCCUACACAUUUAAUCCCCCAGUAUUGUCCAUAUGGAUACAUUUAGGGGAGCCUUAAAAUCAUGAAUGUGACUUUGUUAAACAACAGAUGUCCGGCAAUGCUUUUUAAGAAAAAUUCUGUCAUGGUAGUCGUUCUUAACUUGCAAAAUAGUCAUGAAAUGCCUGACAUCAACCUUUUCGGCCUGCUUUAAAGUGUGUAAGGAAGGUUAGGAAGGGGACAGCCUUUUCAGUCGCAGAUGAAAGACCUGAACUGCAUUUGAGCUUCCCUGUUAGUGAUAAAUGACUGGUUUGCUUCAGUUAAACAUGAAGUAUCUCUCUCCCAAAUCUGCUGCUACUUUGCACAUGCUGUUUGUAUAAAGUUAUGAUUUCUGAUGCA